GCAUUCGGGGUCCGUGGCAUCCGCAGUGAGGACGCGUCGCCGGCGCCGUUCAGUGUCAAAGUCAGUUGUGCCUGAGCUUGUGCCAGAGACAGUCAGUUUCGCUGCGAGUCUGCCAUUUUAGCUGGUUUCCGCUUCCGGUUCCGUGCGAGAUCUUUGGCUAGUAACCUGUGGUUGUGCACCUUUUUCUAACGACUUUUGUAAACAAAUUUUUCGAACAAAAACCAACAAGCACAGCGUAUUUUUUGUAAACAUUUUAUUGCAAAAAGAAUAAAAAAGAAGGUUUCGUCUACGUGAAAGUCAAAGUGCAAAUUGGCCCAGAAACAACAAGUUAAGGUUCAUAAACUAGUUUCCAACUGAAUGGUGUGUGUAUGUGUGGUGUGUGUAUGUAUGUGAGUGAGUUUGUGUGUGUGUGCAAUUGAUUAAACAAAAUAAGGGUAACCUAGGCCAACUGGAAGCGGAGAGACCCCACCAAAAAGCCACGGACUAAAUUGCCAAAUCCAAAUCUUAAAAAUCCACUAAGAUGGGCUGCAACACCAGCCAAGAGCUGAAGACCAAGGAUGGCGCCGCCAUCGAUGCGGUCAGCAAUGAUGAACCGGAGCCAAGUGCUCCUCCAUUGGAUGGCGAGUCCUCCAAGUCGUCGGCGAACAAUCAUUCAAAUCACGCCAAAUCAAAUUCAAUUAUCUCCAAUGGCGAUGCAAAGGCCGCCAAUGGGGGCGGCGGUGUGGGCGGUGGGAGUGGCAAGUCGGAAGCAACAAAUGGCAUUGACCGUCCCUGCGACAAGGCGGCAAUCACGGAGCUAAACGACGACGAGGAUGAAGCAAAAGCCGCAACAAAAAUCCAAGCCGUCUUUCGAGGCCACAAAGUGAGAGAAACCAUGAAAAAAUCGGAAACCAAAACUGCGACCAACAACGGCAGCGCCGCCGGAGCAGCUCCAUCGGCAGCAGCCGCCGAGGCAGCCGCAUCCGCAGAGCCAACCAAAGCGGAACUCGAGGCUGAAUUCGAUCCUAACGACAAGGAUCUCUGCCAUGCUGCAUUGAAGAUUCAGUCCACUUUCCGUGGCCAUUUGGCACGCAAGCUGGUCAACAAGGAUGCGCCCGAGGACGAGGAUAUCCAGGAGAUAACCAAAAAAGUGGCCGAGGAGUUGGACAUAGAUUUAACCGAUCCCGAGCUUAACAAGGCUGCAACCAAAAUUCAGGCCUCGUUCCGCGGCCACAAGACCCGCAAGGAUGCCAAUCCCGAGUAAGAUGGUUCUAACCAUUUUCAAUUUUGUUGUCGGUCCUGGCUUGCCAAGUCACAGAUGAAGCUUAAUUAAUGCUUAUGCAAGUGAAUAAUUAAAAAACAAAGAAAAAAAUUUGGUAAAUUGUAAAUGUGUAAAAGGCCAAUCAAGAUGAGGGCACACGAUUGUAAACUUUUUAGUGAAUAUGUUUUUAGCCUCAAAACGGCAAACCCCAAAUGAUUCUCAUAAUAAUUAAAUACUAACUUAAGUCGAGGGCAAUGUUAUAUAUCAUUUGCAAAGCUUUAAUAAAUUAAAAAAAAAAAGAGAUCACAUUUUGCGGAUGAUAAUUCGAAAUGAGAUAAUAUUUACAGAAACAUAUUUGCAGCUUGUCUUGUUUGAUUAUUAACCUAUUAGAGUCGUAAAUUGUUUGCGUUAGUUAAAGUUUAAUUAAAACAUAUUUCGUUUUUAUAGACUCUCCAAUUAAUCCCAAGACAGUAACUAAAAUCUAAAGUAAACUAAAGUUAAAUUUUCAAAGAAAACAAAAAAAACCUAAUGUUACAAAAAGAUAAAUAAAAGGCACGAUGUUCCAUAAAAAUUUAUUGUAGGAAAAUGUGAAACCAAACCAAAAAUACAACAAGAAGACAAAUGCAAGGAAAAUGCUGAACAAAUUUUUGGGAAAACAUUUCCAUUUUGUCUGGCCAAUGCCAAAAGUAAAAAAUUAAUAGUACCUACAUGCGUAUGAAUAUGAAGUAAAAGCAAAGUAAAAGAAAAACCAAAGAAACUCAAUGUUGUUUCAAAUUAAGGCAAAUUAGGGGUACCCAAGCAACAUGAUGCAGCUUCGAGACGUCAACUCAACAAUUUUUCAGCCCUCGGGCUCUAUAUAUAUAUAUAUAUAUUAACUGAAAGAAAAAGUCAAUGAAACAUGAACAUAACUAAUCUGGUGGCACAAUUUUCGUUUUUCUACCAAGUGUAUUACAUAUUUGUCUACUUAACAAUUGAUCCUCGAGUGGGAAACUGAAAUACACACAUCUACAUAUAUAUAUAUAUAUAUAUAUAUAUACAUCUAUAUAUAUAUAUAUAAUAUACCUAAACAAAAGCAAAAGACAUGUAUUAGAGCGAGUUGAAUUGGAAAAUAUUUUUUUUCGGCCAAGGCUGAGAAAACUGUUACCAUGUGGCCAACCGAAGGCACUAAAGAAAUAUUUAAAAUUCAAAUCAAUUAACUACAAAGAAUUAACAACAAGCUAAUGAAGAUAAUUGAAAUUAUAUUAGAGAUCAAAGUCAAAUUCAAAUAAAUUGCAUAAAAAUUAUUACAUUUAAAAACGCAAAUGGCUAAAACCAGUUAUAUGUGGAUAAAUGAAAAGUAAACAAAAAUGAAAAACCAAUUAUGAAAGCAAACCAUAUACAAGCCGAACAAACCAAAACAAAGAAUGUCCCAACUAAAUUUUAAUUGAGUAAUAAAAAUAAAUACAAUAAAAAUUAAA